UGAGACUCAACUAAGUAUUGUACAUCUACAUACCUACAUUCCUACAUACAUACUAACGAUUGAUGACACCUAACGCAGUGAUCACUAUCUGACGUCGCUACUAACAACACAAAUCUACUAUUUUUCUUUCUGCCAAAAUAAUCGAUAAAUCCCUUCAACGCACGACCAUCUCCUAGAGCCUAUCCCUACAUAGCAUCGAGCUAGUCUCAAGAUUGCUUCAUCUGAUCACUUUAGCGUUCGCCCUUAUCGAUCCUCUGAAGACUACUCCUCGCAUAGAGGUGAAUAGCUUUGUCAUGACCUCUGCGUGACGCUUCAAACAACGCAACCAUGAGGGCCAGGGGAGCUUCGGGGGCUUCAGCCUCGAUAUGGUCAGCCGUCUUUCUUCUGACGACACUUUUGUGGUAUGCCUCAACUGCCUACGCCGAGAACGGUCCGACCAUCGUCGCUACCCCAUUCGAAGAUAUUCCCGACAAUUUACAUUAUUUUAAGAACUCUAAUGUUGUUCUAUUUCAAGAGAUUUCAGGACGUACUAUUUGGAGAUCGACCGACGGAGGCGCAUCCUGGGCCAAGAUCGAAGGGAUCGAACACGACAAGGCCGUCGCCUUGGUUAUGCACGCACACGAUCCAAACCGCGCUUAUGUUUUGACUCGUGGGAACGUUCAUUGGAAAACACACGAUAGAGGUGAAACAUGGAAGACCUUCUCUACCGAUGCGUACCUGAGUACUUCCGAAGAAGCCGUAGCACGUCGGUGGAUGAGUUUCCAUGCCGAUGAUCCGGACAAGAUCUUAUUUACCGGUAUGGAAUGCCAGGGCCUUUGCGAAGAUCUCGAAAUGUAUACUACCGACGGCUUCGAACAAGUCAAGUUCCUUCGUGGACGUACUGAGGGUUGCUGGUGGGCUAAAACAUCGCCCCUCUUUACAACUGGCAAGGAGGAUUUAGAUAAGCAUAGAAUAUUGUGCAUUGUCAGAGGUGGCAUGUUCUCUCCUCGGAGUGAAAAUCGCCUCCUAAUCUCCGAUAAUUACUUCAACGCCAAAGAAGCCGAUGGGGCAGUUCAGGAAGAAGAGCCAAAAUUAAACGGCCGCGAUCCCGUCCAGGGUGUUGUGAGCAUAGUCGAGGUCAAAAAGUAUCUUCUAGUAGCUACCAUCUCGCGUAAUACGGCUGAGAUGGCUUUGUACGUGAGUGGUGAUACUGAAAAUUGGCACCGUGCCGUUUUCCCUCACGACCACCCUCUCCUCGAAGCCUCGUACACCGUAUUGGAAAGUACCAACUAUAGCAUCCAAGUAGAUGUCCGAACAAGCAGGCGGUUGUCCAGCCCCAUGGGUACCUUACUGACCAGUAACUCAAAUGGGACGUAUUUCACUAGGAAUGCCGAGCAUACAAACCGCAACUUGGAUUCCUACGUCGAUUUCGAGAAGGUCUCUAACAUCCAAGGGAUUUUUUUGAUCAACCAGGUAGAUAACUGGGAGGAAGUAGAAAGGGGAGAAGAGAAGAAGAAGAUCAAGACCAAGAUUAGUUUCGACGACGGGAGGACCUUUGAGUCUGUCAAGACGGGCGACGAGGAAAUUCACUUACAUUCCGUUACGGAAAUGAACAAUGUUGGCCCUGUCUUUUCAAGCCCAGCGCCAGGUCUCGUAAUGGGUAAUGGCAACCAUGGGAGCCACCUCAACGGCUAUUGGGACUCGCACCUCUACAUUUCGGACGAUGCUGGAAGGACAUGGAUUGAAGGUCCUAAGGGUCCGCAUAAAUACGAAUUUGGAGACCAAGGCUCUAUUCUUGUUGCCAUCAGAGAUAGCAAGGAAGCUGAUGUAGAUGAGAUCAAGUACUCCUUGGAUCAUGGUAAGAAUUGGGAGACAACCAAACUACCGGACGGUCUAAAGGUUGCACCCUGGGCGUUGACGACUACCCAAGACUCGACCAGCCUGAAGUUCAUCCUCACCGCUCGAAAGGGAUCGAGGAAAUCGCCUGACGGCUUCUACAUCAUCUCGAUUGACUUUGAAGGGUUGCAUGAGAAUACCUGCAAAGAAAGUGACAUGGAAGACUGGUUUGCGCGUGUGGACGACGAUGGCAAACCAAGCUGUGUGAUGGGUCAUACACAGAAAUACCACAGACGGAAGAAGGACGCGAACUGCUUCAUCAAGCAAGAGUUCAAGGAUCCAAUUCCGGAGUCUACUCCUUGCGAGUGUACCGAUGCCGAUUUCGAGUGCGAUUUCAACUUCGUGCGGGAUGGUGACGAAUGUAAACCUGUCGGCCUUAUUACACUCCCGGAGGGCGCUUGUAAGACUGAUGAUCCAGAUGAGAAAUUUAUGGGGUCUUCCGGUUGGCGUCUCAUUCCCGGAAAUGUAUGCAAGCGUCCUGGAGGUGACCAGAAAGAUAAACAGAAGGAGUGGAAGUGCUCGGAGGCUAAAGGUUCGCCGACUGCGCCGGGAAGUGAUAAGAUCGAACAUAUCCAAUGGCCUUUUGAGGGCGAUUUUGAUCAAUUCGAGAAACACUACCUUGAGCGGGGCGAGUCGAACAAGAAGGAGGAUGGCGAGACCAUAAUCGCUAGACCAUAUAAAUCCUCGUACGCGCUGGCAUCGGAUAUUUUUAUUACACGCGAUCACGGCAAGAAUUGGACAAAAGCUAAGCUUCCCAGUAGCGAGAUCUAUAGGAUAGCUACUCACCCCUAUCUCAAGGAUAGGGCUUUCUUCCUCACAGAAGACAAGAGAGUCUAUUAUACUGUUGAUAGGGGACGGAAUUUCGACUAUUUCGAACCACGGGAUCCGCCAGACACUAAAUCAAGGAUGUUACCCCUUUCGUUCCAUCCGGAUCGGCCGGAUUGGCUCAUAUGGCACGGAAAGAAAUGUCACAACGGCAAUUGCUACCUUGAAGCUUCUCUUUCUACGGACCGUGGUGAUAACUGGUCGACGAUCAAGCGGUACGUAGAAAAAUGUGAAUUUACAGGCUCAUCCUCGUACAAGUUCCGCAAUACGACGCAAAUAGUUUGUCUUGCAAGGACACGAGAGGACAACGAAGCCGAUAACCCUCUUCAGCUCUCAUAUAGUGACGAAUUCCCGAGAUACAAGAUGAGCGUCGCUUUGGAGAAUGUCAGCAAUUUCGCAACUAUGGCUGAGUUCAUCGUGGUUGCUACAGAGAAUCAAACGGAGUCGGGUAAGGUGCUCAACGCACUUAGCAGUUUAAACGGACGGGAUUACGCACCCGCCCACUUCCCGUUCAACUUCGAGGUUCCGCAUACGAACGCAUAUACCGUUCUAGAAAGUUCGACUCACGCAGUUAACUUAUUCGUUGCAACUAAUGGGGAGGAAAACCGCCAGUUUGGAUCGAUCCUCAAGAGUAAUUCCAACGGAACAUCCUACGUACUUAGUGUAGCGGGCGUCAACUGCGACAACGACUAUUUUGUAGAUUUCGAGAAGAUGCUUGGGUUGGAAGGCGUCGUGCUAGUCAAUACGGUUCAGAACAGGGAUAGCGAUUCGGAGCCGAAAAGGCUUCAGACGCGAAUCAGCCACAACGACGGCGCCGAGUGGGCAUUCCUCCCGCCUCCUAAACAAGACUUGGACGGCAACGAUUUUAGUUGCCAUAGUCAAAACGGCGAUGAGUCGUGCGCUCUCCACAUUCAUGGCUACACCGAACGAGUGGAUUAUGGAAAGACAUAUUCCUCAGAGUCAGCUAUCGGCAUCAUGUUUGGCAUCGGCAACGUUGGCCCUGUCCUUGGUGAUUCCAAAGAUGCAGACACAUUCAUGACAGCCGACGCCGGCCUCAGCUGGAAAAUGGUGAAGAAGGGAAGCUGGAUGUGGACUUUUGGCGACCAAGGGUCCAUCGUGGUUCUUGCGCAACGAAAUACCCGAACCAAGACGGUAUCUUACUCGCUCGAUCGGGGUGAUACCUGGGAAGAUUAUACGUUCUCGGACGAUGACAUGGUCAUCACGGAUAUCACUACGCUGCGGUCUGGUUCGUCUAGGAAUUUCCUCGUCUGGGGUCACCAAGGGAACAAGCUCCUCACCGUGAAUCUCGACUUUUCGGGUUUGGCGAGUGAGCCGUGCAAAGAUGAUAAAGACCUAGACAAGUCCGACUAUGAAUUAUGGUCGCCGGAGCAUCCUCUGCAGGAGAACCAUUGUCUAUUCGGCCACAAGAACUACUACCUACGGAAAAAGAAGGACAGGAAAUGCUACAACAGUUUCCAGCUUCAGCCCCUAUACAUGACCGAGAUCUGCGAAUGUACUCGAUCAGACUUUGAGUGUGAUUAUAACUUCGAACUAGACAACCACGGCCAUUGCGAACUUGUCGACGGUCUUCGCCCGCUCGACCCCGAGCAAGUCUGUAAAGACAACCCCGACCAAUUCGAGUACUACGAACCCAGCGGCUUCCGCCGAAUCCCCUUGACGACCUGUCAGGGCGGGUUUGAGGCAGACAAAGUGCUCAGGCCACACCCUUGCCCCGGCCACGAGGAGGAAUUCGAGAAGGCUCGUGGCAUUUCUGGUAUCGGCAUCUUCUUCGCCGUGGUGAUUCCUCUGGGCGUCGCCUCAGGGGUUGGCUGGUGGGUUUACCAGAACUGGCAAAGUAAAUUUGGGCAGAUUCGGCUCGGUGAGCAGAGUAGCCUCGAUAGCAACUCGCCAUUGGUUAAGUACCCGGUGGUGGCUGUUUCUGCCGUGGUAGCGGUGAUUGGUGCGUUGCCCCUUUUGAUAGGCAGCCUAUGGCGCACGGUGAAAGAAAAUGUCAGGAGCAGAAGUGACAGCGGCGGGCGCUACAGCUGGCUACGGGGGGGCAACCAGCGAAGAUAUACAACGAGAGACAGCUUUGCCCGAGGCAGAGGCGAUUAUGCCAUUGUUGACGAAGACGAAGGUGAGCUUCUCGGCGACGAUAGCGAUGACGAUGCGUGAGCGACGAGACCUUGUUGUUCAUGCUUUUUGAGGGCAGGCAAGGAAUGAAAUGGAAUGUACUUGUAACUAGGGGGCGCACCGGUAGGGUUUAGGAAAGUCAUGAUCUAGAUGAGAAGUGAUGGUGGUGACGGUAGUGGUAUAAGCUAGAGAAGCCGAGUUAUCAAAGUUAUCGCCGGUUUCGUCUAGAUUUGGUACUUGUAGCAAACACGAUGGAAAAGAUAGCUUUUGGAUCCGAUUUCUUUUUCUCACUCUUUACUUGGCAUCGUUGCUCAGGGUUUAGGAGUAAUGGGAUGGCAUGUGUUGUGUGCUUGUGUGCUUGUGUAUCGUUUCCUACCGACCCGACGAUGCCGUUCUAUUCCGUACCUAAGCUGGACAAUAGACAACAAGUCUGCGUAUAUGCUAGUUGGAGGUAUUGUAUUGUUUGGAUUAAACUACCUAAAUUAACUAUAACUAGAUGUAGAACAGAGUAGACGAAUAGAUUUCACC